AAAGAAGAGGAAACCGAGGGAGAGAAAGAAAAGGGGGUUAGGGUUUGAAGAGGAGACCCAAAGUGUUGCUCUAAAGUGCAUUUUUUCUCCAAUUUUCAAUUGAAUCUUCUUAGAGCUGCACUCAAUCCAAGUGACGCUAUGGCUGGGAGGAAUGAUGCUGCGAUAGCUGCUGCUUUGGAAGCGGUGGCUCAGGCUAUGCAAAACCAACCGAAUGCUGACGAGAAUGCUGGAUCUCGUAGUUUGGCGACUUUCCAAAGGGAGAAUCCACCGGUGUUCAAGGGUACGCAUGACCCUGAUGGUGCUCUUGAUUGGUUGAAGGAGCUCGAGCGAAUCUUCCGUGUUAUGGAUUGCACACCUGCUCAGAAGGUCAGAUAUGGCACUCAUAUGCUGGCUAAGGAAGUUGAUGAUUGGUGGUUGGAGACGCUUGCUAGGUUGGAGCUUUCAGGUGAGGAAGUCACUUGGAAUGUGUUCCGUAGGGAAUUUCUGAGGAAGUACUAUCCUGAAGAUGUUCGGGGUAAGAAAGAGAUAGAAUUCCUAGAGUUGACGCAAGGGAACAAGUCCGUGACUGAGUAUGCUGCCAAGUUCACUGAGUUGAUUAAGUUCUAUCCUCACUUUGAUGGCGAAGGUGCUGAAUUUUCUAAGUGCAUCAAGUUUCAGAAUGGGUUACGCUCGGAUAUCAAGAAGGCUGUUGGGUACCAAAAGAUCCGUUUGUUUCCUGAUUUGGUUGACAGUUGUAGGAUCUUUGAGGAAGAUAGUAAUGCUCAUCACAAGAUGGUUAGUGAUAGAAGGGGCAAGAAUCAACAAAGCCGUGGGAAACCGUAUGAUGCUGGUAAAGGGAAACAAAGAGUUAUUCAUGGUCAGAGGUCUAGUGGGGGAGAUGCUCCUGCUAGGAUUGUAUGCUUCAAGUGUGGUCAACCUGGUCAUAAGAGCAAUGCUUGUACUGCUGAUGCAAGGAAGUGUUUCAGAUGUGGUAAGAUGGGACAUGCAAUGUCUGAUUGCAAGCAUAAGGACAUGGUAUGUUUCACGUGUGGCGAAGAGGGACACAUUGGUAGCCAGUGUCCAAAGAAGAAGGCACAAUCUGGUGGAAAAGUGUUUGCUUUAGCUGGGACUCCUACAGCUAGUGGAGACCGACUCAUCAGAGGUAAUCCAGAUGAGUAGCUGUUUCCGCUUAUAGUCGAGUUCUGGGUGUCAUUGCUCUGAUACGUAGCACUCGGGGGGAAAUGAACACUUGUUUGAUGUUGUUAUUUGUUUAUUGAACCUUGCGAUGUAUUUGAGGAGUUGUGUGUAUUGUUGUUUUUUUUUUAUGAUUCAAAAGAUGCUAUGUCUUUGUUGUUGAAUCGUUGUGAAUCCGUUGCAUGUUGAAUCUAAGUUUGGAACAUGUUAUGAA